GGGAACCAUGCAGCGCUGUGGAGCGGUGCCCUGCUGGUCCCAGUCCCAGAACAGACGCAGCGGAGGCGCCCUCGCCACCCUCUUGCUGACAGUGUACACAAUCCUCUCAAAGGUGCACUCUGAUCGGAAUGUGUACCCUUCUGCUGGAGUGCUGUUUGUUCACGUUUUGGAGAGGGAGUACUUUAAGGGGGAGUUUCCACCUUAUCCAAAGCCUGGUGAGAUAAACAAUGACCCUAUAACAUUUAACACAAACCUAAUGGGGUACCCUGAUAGACCUGGUUGGCUACGAUAUAUUCAGAGAACACCAUACAGUGAUGGAGUGCUGUAUGGAUCACCAACUAUAGAAAACGUGGGAAGACCAACCAUAAUUGAGAUCACUGCUUAUAACAGGCGUACCUUUGAGACUGCAAGACAUAAUUUGGUUAUUAAUAUAAUGUCAUCAGAAGAUUUUCCUUUCCCAUAUCAAGCAGAAUUCUAUAUUAAAAACAUGAAUGUAGAGGAAAUGUUGGCAAGUGAAGUUCUUGGAGACUUCCUUGGAGCUGUGAAAAAUGUGUGGCAGCCGGAGCGUCUGAAUGCCAUAAACAUCACCUCAGCUCUUGACAGGGGAGGCAGAGUCCCACUUCCUAUUAAUGACAUGAAAGAAGGUGUCUAUGUUAUGGUUGGUGCAGAUGUUACAUUCUCCUCCUGCUUACGGGAAGUCGAAAAUCCACAAAAUCAGCUGAGAUGCAGUCAAGAAAUGGAACCUGUAAUAACUUGCGAUAAAAAGUUUCGCACUCAGUUUCACAUAGACUGGUGUAAAAUCUCUUUGGUUGAUAAAACACAGCAUGUUUCUACCUAUAAAGAAGUGAUCCGUGGAGAAGGCAUAUUGCCAGAUGGCGGCGAAUACAAGCCACCUUCUGAAAAUCUGAAAAGCCGAGAUUAUUAUUCAGAUUUCCUCAUUACGUUAGCAGUCCCGUCUGCGAUUGCAUUGGUGCUUUUUCUAAUACUUGCAUAUAUUAUGUGCUGCCGAAGGGAAGGAGUGGAAAAGAGAAACAUGCAAACACCAGACAUCCAGUUGGUCCACCACAGUGCAAUUCAGAAAUCCACAAAAGAACUUCGAGAAAUGUCAAAAAACCGAGAGAUAGCUUGGCCUCUCUCAACACUUCCCGUGUUUCAUCCGGUCACUGGUGAGAUUGUGCCACCUGUUCACCCGGACAGCUAUGACAAUACUAGCAUGCCACUGAUGCAAACACAGCAGAACCUGCCACAUCAGACUCAGAUUCCACAGCAGCAAACAGAAGGAGAAUUUCGAAUGACAACAUUCCAAAGAUUGGAGGCAAGUAUUACCUCAGUCCUGUUUUGCUUUCCAGCUGUCAAAAACCACUGAAUAAAAACUUUAAUUUCAUGUUUAUUCCAGAUUUGAUCUAGUCACUAUGCAAAUAGGCAUUUUAAGGCUUGCAUAGCAGUUGUAAUGAUCUCUGAAGUUCUAAUAUAAGGAUUUCUCAUUUAAGACUGAGCAAAGCUGGUUCCAGAUUCUCUAUUUAUAUCUUAUCAGCACAUUCAGU